ACCUGACCACACCAACACAAACAUUCGAACACAAUCGGGAUCCCAUAAUCGGGAGACUAGAGAAAGUGGAAAACGUCCACCAUAGAGGUCCCUCUAGCGAGCACAGAGAGCGUCAAAAAUUCCCAGACCACUGGAGAAAUGGAAAGACGUGGGAGUGAGCUGGGCUUGCAUGCUACUCAAAGCGCAACAGAGGUGAGAGAAAAGUCGCGGGAAAACCUUCUGCAUGCGCUCUACAGAUUCUGGCAUGCUGAAAUGGGUCGCAUCACUACCCCACGAACAAAAAUAACAAACGCGUCAAUGACAGAAGAAGCGCUGGAACCAAGUACAACACGAACGAGAGCGGAAGCCCUUGGACAUUGCGUGUGGGGCCCUAGGGCUGUGAUAGCUGCGCGAGCGAGAGCGAGCGAAGGAGCGACUAAUCUUCACUCACUCCAUCUCUCUCCGGCCGAUCCUCAACAGAAUGUUUUUAACGGCAUAUCAUCAUCUCUUUAUCUAUGCAGCAGAGGCAUAUAUAAAGGCGACGCAAAAUGACCUUUUCCUACGGGGAAUAAGCGAUGGCAUCUUAGGCCAAAUGAUGUGGCGAGCCUCGUCGAUGACGUUCUCUUGGCUGAAUGGCAUACUUCCACUUCUGCACAGCAUCUUCUCCCGAGAUUCCGCCUUACUAGUGGCUUUCCGUCGUCGCCAAAGGAACGUCCAGUACACAAGAUGUAGCUUCCUACCUAGCGCAUAGGAUGCUAGUCGCCGCUCACAUAGGAUGCAAUUACGUCUGAAAUGCAUCGUCUUUCUUACUUCUAGCACGAUGGAACAGGAGGGAAGAUUUUAUGCGUAACGUAAGCGUGUAAUUAUGCACGAGUUACGUUCUUUUCCGUUCCUGCACACUAUGGAAUGUGACAUUUUCUUGUAAUGCAGUCUAUCAGAAGAGAGCCGGAGGAGAACAGUCGAUCGAGUUUUGUCCGAUGGCUGUUGCGAUGGUACUGCUUCCUCCCCCUGCUGCUCACUCCAACUGUCGAAAUGGAAAUAAACAAAGGUCGCGGGAUCUGAAACAGCUCGAGAUCAUGGGAUCCAAGCCCUGUCCAAACCUGUUACUGGAAUUGUACCGUACUUGUCUUCUUCGUGUUGUUCUGCACCGCUUCUCUUUUGAAGAUUAUAGUACAAACACUUCCUUAGCGAGGUUGACUCCUCAAUAAUUUAAAAGGCUUGUCAGGGUCGAACAAGAUGUGCAUGCCAAGAGGGGAACUGUGGAAUCUAAGGGGGUUGAGCAAAAAGGACUAUCAUUGACA